AGCAAUUUAUGAUAUAUAAUUAUAUUCACACGAUGAAGCUUUACUCGCUCUUUGGUCUUUCCUUUGCCAGACUCUUUUCAGGGGCUCAAAUGGUAACCAUAACCGUCAAAAACAACUGCGCAUUCACUAUCUGGCCGGCAACCCUUACCGGCGGCGGUGGAGCUCAGUUGCCAAACACUGGAUUCGAGUUACCAUCCCAAGAAAAAGAGCCCAUUGAAGUUCCAGCAACAUGGACAGCUGGCGUCAUCUGGGCUCGAACCCAAUGCUCUGGAAGUUUCACUUGCGCCACUGGAGACUGUGGGUCGGGCGAGGUCGCUUGCAAUGGUGCCGGUCCAAAGCCACCUGCAACCCUGGCAGAGUUCACUUUAGGCGCAAACGAUGGACAAGAUACCUUUGAUGUCAGCCUCGUAAAUGGCUUUAACUUGCCGGUUUCAAUAGCCCCACAAGGCGGCUCCGGUCCGAUUUGCACCACAACGAGCUGUGCGGCAGACGUGAACGCAGUUUGCCCGCCGGAUCUGGUUGUUCCAGGAUCUGAUGGGAAUACCAUCGCUUGCAACAGCACUUGCGACGUUUUCGGUAAUCCUGAGUUCUGUUGCACUGGAGAUUUUGACUCAGCCGAGACAUGUGAGCCGUCGGAGUUCUCGAUGGUCUUCAAAGAACAGUGCCCUCAGGCUUAUAGUUAUGCUUUUGAUGAUGAAACUAGCACUUUCGUCUGCAGUGGCGGACCUGAUUAUCUUGUCACCUUUUGUCCAUGAUUAUCGCCUGCAAUACGGCAGGUUUUAC